AUGCCCUCCUCCUCCUCCUCCACCUCCUCCUCCAACAUCAACAACAACAACCCUCAACAACCCUCCCUCCCCCCCCACUGGCACCUCACCCCCGAACAACAAUCCCAGAUCUUCACCACCUCCAUCCUCCCCUUAGAAAUAACCCCCUUCAUCCCCCCCACCCCUUUACCCUCUUCCCCAAAACCAACAGCGAUAAUCCUCCUCGGCCAAACCGGCUCAGGCAAAACCCGCCUCGCCCCCCUCCUAUCCUCCUCCCUAUCCUCCUCCCUAUCCCCCUCCCCCAAUCGUCCCCCCUGCCACCUGAUAGCAGACACCUACAAAACCCACCACCCCUUCUACACCCCCUGCCUAACCCUCCAUCCCGCCCUCGCCUCCGCCCUCGCCUCCCCCUCCGCCAGAGUCUGGCUAUCAAUGGCUUGCUCCGCCGCCGCCGAAGCGCAGAUCCCGGUCUUGGUCGAGAGCGCGUGUCGACAUCCGGGAGAUUUUGAGGAUAUAGUCAAAAUUUUCAGUGGGGCUGGGUACACAGUCAAGGUAGUCAUCCUCGCCGUGCCAAAGGUCCUCUCGAGGUUGGGGGUGUUGGUUAGGUUUUAUCGGGGGUUACCGGAGAGUAUGAGCAGGGGGUUGCCGCCGAGGUUGACGCCGAGGGGUGUUCAUGAUGAGAGUUUUGGCGGGUGCGUUACUGGCGCGGGGUGGGUUGACGAGCACCCGGGACAUGUGCACGAGGUGGUUGUCGUUCGGAGGGGAGGGGGGGUGGGGUAUCAGAAUGGGAGUGAGGGGGGGGAGUGGAAGACGGAACCGAAAGCGAGGGAGGGGUUGGAAACGCAAAGGAGAAAGUUGACGUCGAUGGAAAGGGAGGGGGCAGAGCAGGAUUUGAAAGUGCUGGAGGGGUUGGUAACAGAGGGGAAGGUGGACAACACGAGGGUGGAGGAACUGAGGGGGUUGCUGGAGGAGACAAAAGGGGACGAGGAGGAGGAGGAGGAGGAGCUGAAGCAGUUGGAUAUCGACGCUUUUGUCAUGGGGCGCAAAAGGGAAGCGGAACAGCAGCAACAACAAGCAAAGCAAAAGACUACACAAGAGAUCUUGGAUGAGAUCGAGUUCGAUGACGACGAUGACAUCAACUUUUACAAUACCUGCUCUUGUUGCCGAUAG